UCCACAGUCCAUCUCCAAUAUUCUCUGAAAUCUCUUUGCUAUACACAAACAAACAAACAUGACAUCUUCAGAAAAAUCUCCCUUUGUUUCCUUCAAAUCUAAGAAGAUUCUUCGUUCAUCUUCUUCCAAGCCUUCCAUUGCAGAUGGAGAACCAGCGUCCGUUCUUUCGGAUCGGAGUCCUUGGAGUUCCAAGACGCCGGAAAAGCCAAUCAAUCCUCCACGGCGCACGUCUAAUCGUCGCGCUGCUUAUUCAGUGAAACAAGUGAGAGAGGCAGCGGAGAAGCUCCGGAACUCGCGUCUGCGACCCUCCAUUGAGCCCGAUUCAAUUAUUUGCGACGGGUUGGAAGCUGCAAGAUCCUCUGGUGCUACAGAGAUCCAACGAGCGAAGAAGACUGACGAAUCAUCUGAUCUGCCAGAGAGGUACCAGAUGUUGAUUAAGUUUUUUGAUAGCUUUGACAACUCGAUUCGAUUGCUUAUUAUGAAAGGAUCUAUGUGCACAUUUACAAAUAUUAGCUCCAAAAUUGAGGCUUUCACUAAUAGGAGGUUCACUUAUAGUCAUUUGGCACAACUGAAAUUCAUUUUACCAGAGGCAAUAGAGAUCAAGAAGAUUGUUACUCGUGAUGAACUGACUUUCUGUAUGAAGCCAAAUCUUCACAUUACUUUGAACAUUAAUGCAAUUACUGAAAGAAAGCAACAACUAUCAUCACAGAGUGGGCAUCCUUACAUGAGGAAGUUAUUUCGUAGUCGGCUAUUGGAUUACUUUAAGUCUCAUCCAGAGGAUGACAUUCCCGAGGAAGAGUUACCGGAACCAUUCAACAAGUCGAAGCAAGUUCUUCUUACAAGUGAGACAGGCAAUUCAUCCUUGGCCGGUGAAAGUUCAAGUGAGACAGACAAUUCAUCCUUGGCCGGUGAAAGUUCAAAUUUUUUACCUGCAUCUCAUUUAUCAAAAUCUUUUAGUAGAGGCUUUUCAAUGAAGGCUUUACAAACCGAGAAAAAAUCAACAUCUCCUUUUCAAUCCAUCCCGGUAUCAAAUUUGUCUGAUUCAAAAUUCACAUCAUCAACAUUCGACGAUGAAUCACACCAAUCAUCCAGUUUACCUGUAACUCCAUUAAAAGAAAUGGUUGUUUCUAAAACUGCUGUAACUCCAUUAAAAGAAAUGGUUGUUUCUAAAACUGAUGGUGAAUGCACUUCCGGUGAACUCGUAUUGACUCCACUGAAGCUGAUGAGUGUCACACCAAUAGUAAAGACUCAAAAGAGGUGUUUCAUGACCCCCAAUAAUGAUGCUGAUACAAGUAAAUUACUCAAACGCCCUCCACGAAGUAGGUCUUUGAAAUUUGAUUCUCCUACCAAAUGUAAAAAGAAUGUAAAAUCAAAUGAUGAUGACAUCUUGGACAUACUUCCUGACCAUGUUCUGCAAUCGAUAAGAGAUAAGGAAAUGAAAGCAAUAGAAGAGCGAGAUCCAGCCAUAUCACAAGCAAAAUGGCGAAGACAAAUGAUAUCAAGUUUACCUAAACUAUUUGAUACAAUUGUCUUUUUAUAUCAGUCAAUCAAACGGUCGGUUCUCACAAAAAAUGAUCUCAUUCACAAGAUCAUUUCUAGCCACUUAGACAUCGUCGACAGAAGAGAAAUUGAAGAGCAAGUCAGGCUGUUGCAAGAGUUGGCUCCUGAGUGGAUUUAUGAGAAGUUUGCAUCAACUGGAGAUCUUCUGGUCUACGUAAAUAAAAUAUCAAACCCCCAAUCAAUCCGAGCAAGAAUGGCUGAAGCGAAGUGAGUCGCAAAGUGAGUCGACGAGGAUAUGGUUUUAGAGAUAAUAUUGAAUUUUGUAUACGGUCUUAACCACAAGAUUAAUUAUUUUUUGAUUUAUUUUUAAACUAUCAUUAUUUAAAUCA